UGUGUCACUCUAUUUAAUGUGCAUGGCACUCUUAUGAAACAUGCAUUGAGACUAGCCUAAGUUUAAUCAGAUUUGAUUUGAGUUUGUCAACUAGCACAAAUCUUAUAACUGUAUCUUUUUUUUUUGGACAUGGGUGUGGGUAGACGUGGAUUGGGCCAUUUCCGUUGUACCCACACGUCAUCCCGUGACGCCACGUUGCCACAGCACCGCGCGGCCUGGCCACGCCACGCCCGCAUGGUGAGCGCGAAGCUGUAGCUGCUGGACCUCACAUGGUGAUGGCUCAACACGCGUCGGUGCUCACCCCACCACCUAAUCCUUCCUCCCUCCUGCCGCCCCCCUCUUCCCCUGCCCUGUCCCUGGAGAAGCGAGAGCGAGGGAAGCAGCCAAGCAAGAAGAGCUAGAGAAUCUUCAAUCACAGGGCGACGGAGUCAACGCAGCUUCCGUCUGUCUCCUUCCCUUCCCUUUCGCUGGCCGUCGGCAUCGGCGUCGGCGCCACCACCACCACCACCACCACGGCCACGGCGCCGCUCCGUACCGGGUCCCGGACCCGAUAAGCCCCUGCUGGCUGCUGCUCGGCUCUCCUCCCUGUCUCUCGCGUCCACCUAUAAACACACAGAGAGACACACGAACAGGGCAAGGGGAGGGGACAGCCGGAAUCGCAAGGAACAGCUGCCUGGCUGCCGCCGCGCCGAAUCCACCCACCCCAAUCUGGCCGCCCGACACGCUGGGAUCUUUCUUUCCUUAGCCGAUCGGUCAACGCCGCAGAUAUUCUUUCUCCUUCCUUCUCUGCGGCUCCUCUCGAGGUUUCCGUAAACCCGUCGCCCCUUCCCUUUCUUUCUUGCAGGUGAAUCCGCCGUUCCCCUCUUUUCCUCAUCCUUCCUCCUCUCCUCCUCCAGCUCUCCCCGGAUCUCGCUUCUCGAUUCGGCGCCGGUGGACGGAGGCGAGGCAAUCGGCGUAGAAGGUAUCGGCGAGCAGCAGACGGAGCAGUUGCUUCAUUCCUACUUUCGACAUCCAUCUGUAGUGAAUCGAUUUGGGAUUUUGGAGGGAGCUUGGAUUGUGCACCAUCUGCAUCAGUUCACUUUCUUUGAGCAUUUGGUAUCUGGUUGGGUUCACUGGUUCUGGUUCAAGGAACCCCUUUCUGAGGUUUCCUUGGACUAUGGGAGCUUUCUGUUCAUGUCUGCAACCUGAUUAUUCUGACCACCAUGGAAAUUCUUCGGCGUUUAGGAACUGCAUGUGCCUCAGAUGCUUUACCCAGCAGCUGAUCAAUGCGUACACUGUUUUGUUCCGAGCUGGAGCAGUGCAUUCUGUUUCUCCAGCUAUUGAAGCCACUCCUGUUGACACAAGUGAAAGUUCCUUCGAUACAUAUCGUUCACCGCCAAGACCUCUGCCCUAUGAUGAUCCACGAUUUUCCCCUCCUGCUCGUGAUUGGCUAAGGCGUGAGAGCCCAAGCCAUUCCCCAGAGGAAUCAGAACCACUUAGAUCAAAUGAUGUUGAUGAGGAAAUGGAAACACCUAGUAGAAUAGACAAGGCAAGUAAAACAAACUACAACACAAAAAUGAAAAUUUGCAGCUCUGCUUAUGGAGAUAAGGUUCCGCCAAAGGAACAUGGAAAUUACUUCAGCUAUUUUUCCCCAUCUGCUGAAGAUGAAGAUGUCUGCCCAACAUGUCUUGAAGAUUAUGAUUCUGAGAAUCCUAAGAUAGUAAUGCAGUGCUCACACCAUUUCCACCUUGGCUGUAUUUAUGAGUGGAUGGAAAGAAGUGAGGCAUGCCCUGUCUGUGGAAAGAAGAUGGAGUUUGACGAGACAACAUAAUGCUCUGGCUGGAGUCUACACCAUGGAUUAACAACCAUCUCAUAUGACAUUCUGAAAAUACAGAUGGUCUAGCCCAGCAAGUUCUCUGUAAAUACGCCCUGUAAAUACUGAAUUGGUAGUGGGUUCCUCUUGGCCAUACGAGUGCUCUCCAAAUGCUGGAAUGGUGCACAUAAACAUUCUUUUACGAUUUCUUCCAAAUAGUCAGCAGGGAAGGGUUGCCCCCCUUUGCGCUGUCUGUGCCCCUGCCUCUGCCUUGUGGAGGCUUAGAGGUGCCUUAGUUGUCCGGUGAUAGUUUCAUCGGAAAGCUGUAGACUAAAGAACUACGCUCAUAUAAUCAUAAUAUGGAGUCCCUCUGGAAGUUUUUGCAAUAAUAGCUAUUUGGCAUCAGA